AUGUCCCUACUCGUACAUAAAAACUUGUCGUUGCCAGUUGAUACCUUGCGCUUUUCUGAGUACUGGAAACGAUCCAAGUUCAUCAGCUGCAUUAAUAUGACGAUCGAACGGAACGCAAGCAACCCAUAUCUUCCGAAGGAUAAGACAAUACAAUCGAUGUCAUUGUUGAUGCGCCAUUUGGUCUCAUUUGAUAUCUACCCAUUCCUCAAUUUUGGCACACUUUUGGUGGCUCAUUCUCGCAAUAGUAUUUCUACGAAGAGUCUCACGCCUAGCAAAGAUUUCGUGAUUACAGGAUGGUUUCGUGAGUGUGAUAUUAUACCACACACAAAGGAUAUUGAUUUCGCUGCAUUUGUGGAAGAAUAUAAACCAGAACUUCUCAAACACCUACAGAGUAACGAGGCAAAAUUUUAUCUCAAACGAAAGCUUGGAAAGGUGAAUGACUCUUACGAGCUCACUCUUUUGCCAUUAAACAGUAACCGACCUAUGAUGGAUCUAUUUUGGUUGUACAGCGCAGCAAAUGAAUCAUGGGUGGGAGGAACUUCUUCUGAUGGAACCAAGUACAAAUACACUUAUCCUAGAAUUACUGAUAUAUGUGCCGCAGACUUGCUCGGUCAUAUCUUUUGGGUGCCCUGUGAUCCAGAGUUAAUCGUCAAGACAGACUAUGGACCCCAGUGGUACAAAGAUUGGCCAUCAAGUAACUUUUCUUGGUACUCAUCUCAAUACAAUGUGAAGAAAAACGGGAAAUGGACAUCCCAGGAAAUGAAAGAAGUGUAUAAAGUCUAUUAA